AUGGCAAGGAUUUCACUAGGGUUAUGUCUGAUGUUAGCAGUAGCAUCAAGUGUGGUUUAUGAAACGCAAGGACAUUUCUUGUUAAAGAAUUACUUGACUACUCAAUUUCCAAGCAAGGGCAGCGAGUUUACGCCAUAUGUUAACAAGGGUUUAACAGAGCUCGCAACCGAUCUUGAACGUGGUUGUCCACCAACUCCAGAGUUCAAAAGUUUCUUUACAGAGUUCAAGUCUUACAUGAGCUCCAUCGAAACCUCAUCCUCCACGUCAACUAACAUCGAGACGGAGAUGGCUAAAAAAGGUGACGGGCUUUUCAAAGCUUGUUCUGCCAUAACUGGUGGUGCUGGCGAAAAAUCUGCGGAAGCAGGGAGUUUUAAAUCAACCAUGAUGUCUAUGGCAAAGACAUUGGUUGAGCAGAAAAAGAGUACAUCGACCAUAACAUCUACUGAAAAGAAAACUCUAGUGACAUCAAUGGUGAAGUGGACUAAGACGAUUGCAACAACGGUGAAGACAGCUUCAGAGAAGAAAGGAAAGAAGAUUGAUAUUAACACAUUUGGACUUGAUGUUGAUAUCAAUGACAAAUCUAUCAUGACUGUCAGUGGAAGCAGCCAGAGUAGUUCUUCACACCAUAAAACCAGUUCUGAAUCCUCAACACAAUCACAAUCCUCAAACUUUAACGCUAGGGCAGAAAACGAAUCUUCAGCAAAGGCAAAACUAUCUGGCGGCAGUGUAAGCGCCACCGAGGAAGGCGGCGAGAAAGAUGAGAAGAAGGAGAAGCCUGAGAAGGAUGACAAGAAGGAGAAGGCUGCUGAGAAGAAGGAGCCUGCUGAGAAGAAGGAGAAGCCUGAGAAGAAGGAGAAGGAUGAGAAGCCAGCUGAGAAGAAGAAGGAGAAGAAGGAGAAGGAUUCUGCUGGUGCUAGCACUACUUUCUCAGACACAACAGGUGCACCAGUGGGAAGCCCAAAAGGAAGUCCCAGUUCUGGUAAGAGUAAAGCCUCAGGAAGCCCCAAAGCAAGUCCCAGUUCUUCUAAGGACAAAACCUCCGAGAAAGGAAGUGAAAAGGCUAGUUCCAAGAAGCAAGAAGCCAACGCUGCAAGUGCUUCUUCCAUGAAUCAAGAACAGUCAAAAACCGCUAGCUCAAGCUCAAAAUCGACCACAACAGUGACAGAGAUCGAGAAAGAGACUUCCCAAGAGACAAUGUCAUUCAUUUCAGGACUUGAGAAGAAGUAUUCACAAAAGGCAGAGCUCAAGCCUUUCUUCGAGAAGCUAAAGGCUUCCAUGACUGCCUCCGCUAAGGUUGCUUCCACCAAAUCAGCACAAGACUAUUCUUCUACAGCUAAAUCAACCACUGGUAAGCUAAUUGAUGCCAUGACUUUCGUGGGUUCAAGAUUUAGCAAAUCAGCAGAGAUGAAGAGCAGCAUCAAGACUACCCAAGAAAAACUGAUGACGAGUCUUAAACAAUUUCAAGAUCUCAACAGCAAAAUCGUGGGAGAAAAGAAAGUGUCAACGACACAAGAGACAGAGAUCAAGCAGAAAAUCUCAAAGAUUGAACAAGUCACAACACAGUUUCUUGAGACUGCUGCUUCAUCAAGCUCAACUCAAGCUUCAUCUACAUCUAAGGAGUCUCAGAAGUCUCAGAAGCAGAGCAUGGCCUCAUCUGAGAAACAGACCGCUGCUACAUCUCAGCAGGAAAACGUUGAUUCAUCUCAGCAGCAGAACAGUAUGGGUAAGCUCAAGAACAAUUGA